CCUAUCGCCAGAUAUCAAAGUCCAUGCUGGAAAGGGGCCAUGAAUGGGAUGUGGUGCAGUGCAGAGUUAAAGUAAAGGAGCUGCGGAGUGCCUAUUGCAAAGCCUGCAAGGGAAACCACCGCUCAGGUGCUGCCCCCCACGACCUGCUGUUUUUACAAGGAGCUGGAUGCGAUACUUGGGGGUGACCCCACUGCCAAUCCAAGGACCAGGAUGGACAGUUCAGAGGAGGGGGAGGGGGUAGAGGAAACUGAGAGUGAGGGUACUGGGGUGGAGGGAGACACCCCGGAGUCCCAGGAGGCAUGCAACCAGGAGCUCUUCUCAAGCCAGCAGAAAGCUAGCCAGUCACAGCAGCUGGAACUUGGUGAAGGACAAGCAGAGGAGCGGGUUCCGGUGUCCUUGAAUAGUACCAGUAAUCCCCCAUCCCUAUCACAGACUGCUGAAAAGCUACAGAACCUGAGGAGGAAACCAAGAAAAAGUAAAGAAGAUUUGGUGAAAGCAGUUAUGAAUCAGUCUGCCAGAGAGAGUAAGAGGCUGCAGGACUGGAGAGAAAAAAUUCAGCAGUGGAGGGAAACAGAAAGCAGGAGAAAGGAACUGGCUAAGAAGAAAAGCACAAAGCAGCUGAUAAGCCUCCUUGCACACCAAACAGAGUGUAUGCAGUCACUCAUAGGCAUGCAGGCAGAGCACUGCCGUGCUGCCACCCCCAUCCCAAUGCUCUCUCCCUUGUGCCCCAAUGUCAGCUCAAAACCCCCUUCUCCAGCAUCUAGGUUCUUACCACCACCAGCUGCUCCCAACACUUGUACAUUCACCUACCAGCCCUGAGAACUACAACCCUUAACCUCUGCACUCAACCCCCAUCACCAUGCAGCAUUUUCAUCCUGAAGUGCAGCAGUCAUUGCACAGCACUCCAGGCAGGACAUAUUCAAACCUCUGACUGUACAGUUCACCACCCUACCCCCCCCCACCCGUCCUUUUACUUACUGUCUUUUCAAUAAAUGAUUUCUUGGCUUUUAAA